CAUGUGUCGUGUCACCUGAUUAUCCGCGUCCGCUCUGUGGUGCUUUAUCGGAAGCUAAGCUAGCUGUCAUUUUAGCAUGAAUAAUUGAUAUUUAAUAUAUUCUCACGUUGACUGCUGCAGUAAGAUAUUAUAGCAUAGACACUGGUCCUAAAUGUAGACGCACGCGGACAGAGGAGGUACUGUCUCGUGCCCUUAACGCGUGGAAGCUGCGUUAGCUGACGUCAGGUCGCUAUUCAGUCAUGUCGAACUAGGGCUGUGUCUUCGCCAGUCAUUAUAUAUCUGUUAAAAACCAGUUUACAGGUAGUAAAAUAAGGUCAAAUAAGCUUCACUGAGCCAUGGCUUCAAUUCUAGACGAGUACGAGGACUCUCAGAACACCAGGCAGAGUGCUCAGCAGCACAGCCGCCUGUCAACAGCCAACAUCGGGAUAGCACAUUCAGGCUUUGUGAAUGUGAGACUCGAGGAAGAGAAACCGAUAUUCAACAAGCAAAGGAUCGAUUUUACUCCACCCGAGAAGAUCAACCACCUCUCAGUCUGCAACAAUCAGCUAUGCAUGAGUCUGGGGAAGGACACCCUGCUGAGGAUUGAUUUGGCCAAACCAGAUCAGCCCAAUCAGAUUGAAUUAGGAAGGAAAGAUGAAAGUAAAGUGCACAGACUGUUCCUGGACCCCACCGGCUCCCAUCUGCUGAUCUGCCUGAGCACCAGUGAGUGUUUGUACCUCAACAGAAACACGCAAAAGGUGCGCAGUCUGUCCCGCUGGAGAGGCCACCUCAUCGAGAGCAUCGGCUGGAACAAGCUGCUGGGCAAUGAGACCAACACGGGACCCAUCCUGGUUGGCACCAGUCAAGGCAUCAUCUUUGAGGCUGAGAUCUCUGCAACUGAAGGCAGCCUGUUCAACAACAAUCCCGAUCAGUACUUCAGACAGGUCCACUCCCUGGAGGAGGACGGGAGGCCUGCACCAGUCUGCUGCCUGGAGGUGGAGCGAGGCCUGGAGAACAAGUACUUCAUCAUCGCCACCACCCGCAAACGCCUGUUCCAGUUUGUGGGUAAGGUGGCCGAGGGGUCGGAGCAGCAGGGUUUCAGCUCCAUCUUCAGCCAGAACCAGGACCUGCUGCCCAGUUUCCAGGAGUUCCCAGCUAACAUGGGCUACAGCGAGAUCACCUUCUACACCUCGAAGCUCCGGACCUCCCCUAAGGCGUUCGCCUGGAUGAUGGGUAAUGGAGUUCUUUAUGGUCAGCUGGACUAUGUCAGGCCUGACUCCCUGCUGAGUGAUGUGCAGGUAUGGGAGUACACCCCUGACAUUGACAUCAGUCUCAACAAGCCCAUCUCCAUUGUGCUGACACAGUUUCACUUCCUGCUGCUGCUCCAUGACCGAGUCAAGGCCAUCUGCACUCUGAAUGGACAGGUGGUUUAUGAGGACGUGUUCCCAGACAAAUUCGGGACCCUUAAGAAGAUGAUCAAGGACCCAGUCGGGGGCUUGGUGUGGAUCUACUCUGAACGGGCAGUUUUCCGGUACCACAUCCAGCGUGAGUCCAGGGACGUCUGGCAGAUGUACAUGAGCAUGACAAAAUUCGACCUGGCCAAAGAGUACUGCCGGGACCGUCCCGAGUGCAUGGACAUGGUGCUGGCUAAGGAGGCUGAGCACUGCUUCCAGAACAAGCGGUACAUUGAGAGUGCCAAGUGCUAUGCGCUGACACAAAACUACUUUGAAGAGAUAGCGCUCAAGUUCAUCGAAGCCAAACAAGAAGAAGCCCUGAAGGAGUUCUUACUGAAGAAACUGAAUAAUUUGAAACCGAGCGAGAGAACACAGAUCACCUUGCUGGUCACGUGGCUCGCCGAGCUCUACCUGAACCGGCUCGGCCAGCUGGAGAGCGACGGGAACACCAUCAUCUUCGAGGAGACCCGCGACGAGUUCCGCCAAUUCCUCAACAGCUCCAAACACAAGGAGUGCCUGUUCAACAACCGCAGCACCAUCUACGACCUGCUGGCCAGCCACGGCAACGUGGACGACAUGGUUUACUUCUCCGUCGUCAUGCAGGACUACGAGAGAGUGAUAUCCCACUACUGCCAACAUGACGACUACAGCGCCGCUCUGGAUGUUCUCUCCAAGCACUGUGAUCAAAAGCUGUUUUACAAGUUCUCCCCAGUCCUCAUGCAGCAUAUUCCCAAAAAAGUUGUGGACGCGUGGAUUCAGAUGGGCAAGCGGCUGGACCCAAAGAAGCUCAUCCCAGCUCUGAUGAACUACAGCCAGAUGGGCAGCACCCAGCAGAUCAGUGAAACCAUCCGCUACAUGGAGUUCUGUGUGUACGAGCUGACCGUGACAGAGGAGGCCAUCCAUAACUACCUGCUGUCACUAUAUGCCAAAUACAAGCCGGACUCCCUGCUGUGGUACCUGGAGCAGGCGGGUACACACUCAUCAGAGAUCCACUAUGACCUAAAGUACGCCCUCAGGCUGUGUGCAGAAAACGGCUACCUCCGGGCCUGUGUCCUGGUUUACAGGAUAAUGGAGCUGUAUGAGGAGGCAGUGGAUCUUGCUUUACAAGUAGAUGUAGACUUAGCCAAGUCCUGUGCAGACCUGCCUGAAGACGACGAGGAGCUGAGGAAGAAGCUUUGGCUGAAGAUCGCCCGGCAUGUGGUUCAGGAAGAGAAAGAUGUGAAGAAAGCCAUGAACUGUCUGUCCAGCUGCAACCUGCUUAAGAUUGAAGACAUCCUGCCCUUCUUCCCAGACUUUGUCACUAUUGACCAUUUUAAGGAAGCCAUCUGCAGCUCCCUGGAGGAGUACAACCAGCACAUCGAGGAGCUGAAGCAGGAAAUGGAGGAGGCCACAGAGAGCGCUAAACGCAUCAGAGAAGACAUCCAGGAAAUGAGAAACAAAUAUGGCGUAGUGGACUCCCAAGAAAAAUGUGCUGCUUGUGACUUCCCAUUGCUAAACAGGCCCUUCUAUCUGUUCCUCUGUGGACACAUGUUCCACUAUGACUGCCUGCUCCAGGAAGUGACUCCUCACCUGACGGCUUAUAAGCAGACCCGCCUGGAAGAUCUGCAGAAAAAGCUGGCUGCAACCGCGCAAUCCUCAAAGUCACGCCAACGCCCAGUGGCCAAGGACGAAGGAGACACUGCCAGUCUGGGAAAGGGCAAUGCAGGCACAAGCCGUGAACAGAUCAAAUCAGACAUAGAUGACAUCAUCGCAUCUGAAUGCGUGUACUGCGGCGAACUGAUGAUAAAAUCCAUCGACAAGCCUUUCAUUGACCCACAGAAAUUUGAGGAGGAGAAAUCCAGCUGGCUAUGAAUGAGGCCUCCUCUCCUCUCAAUGUGAAAGGACAUGACAGCCUAUCAUCUUGUAUGUCAGUGAAACUGCACCAUCCGUAGGAUCGACCCAUUCAGUGGAUACAGACUUUCACCUGAUUGCCUGUUGGUAGUGCCUACUGUUGAAAACUGUAUCAGCCUCAGUUGUUCUCUGCAUAAUAUUUUGUUGGCAGUAUUUGAAGCUGAUUUAAAGGCCUUUGCACUUUGUAUGGGACUACUAGUAAAAGAUAGACAUUGUGGCCAAUGAUACAAGAUGAUGUGGUGAUGUAAAAUAUUGCCAGGGCUGUACAAUAUAUACAAUGUGCCUGAAAGUCUGAUUAUGGCAGAAAAGAAUUAGGAAGCUAAAAUCAGAAAUAGCUGCACUAUACAUCUUAUUAACUGCAUUAGGUUACGCACUUGUUUUGUCUAUUUGAAACAUAACCUGCACUUAGAUCGUACCUAUGUCUCAUUAGCUCAGUUCAGCCACUCCACUCUACAUCGCUGUGUUCAUCUUACAGUUAACAUGGAGCAGAUUACCAAACUGUUAUUCAUGUAUUCACUGUUUUGUAAAUUAAUUGUGGUACAUUAAAAGCUUGUCAGCAUGGAUGGACUCAUUGUUCUGGUUUCAAUGUAAUAAAUAUUAAACAUGAUUUUAACUAUC